AUGGGUGAUAAAGCUGAUGGUGACUUGUUCUUCGCCGCGGCCGGUGAGGCCGCACGCGAGCAGGGAAAGAUCGUCCCUGCUGACGAACACAUCAUCUCGGAGAAGAAGGAUGGCUUCGACGACGAGGAGCAUACCGUCGAGGCGCAAGAGGGUGUCAGCGUCCCGACCGAGGAGGAGAUGGAGACCCUCCGCCACGUCGCAGACCGCGUCAACUUUUCGACUUACCUGAUCGCGUUCGUUGAGGCUGCGGAGCGAUUCUCCUACUACGGCAGUACUGCUGUCUUCACGAACUUCAUCCAACAGCCUCUUCCCGAAGGUUCAAGAACUGGCGCCGGCGGCAAGGACGGACAGUCCGGUGCGCUCGGAAAGGGCCAACAGACCGCUAACGGUCUCAUCACUUUCAACUCUAUGUGGACUUACUGCACUCCUCUGCUUGGCGCGUACAUCGCCGACACGUAUCUUGGUCGCUACAGGACGAUCAUGUAUGCGAUCGGUAUCUGUCUCAUCGGCCACAUCCUCUUGAUUGUCGCCUCGGUCCCCACGGUCAUCACAAAGCCAGAUAGCUCUAUCGCUGUUCUGUCUAUUGCAAUGAUUGUCAUGGGUCUCGGUACCGGUGGUUUCAAGAGCAACAUCUCGCCGCUCAUUGCCGAGCAGCAGCGUAGUCUGAAGCCCUUCAUCCGUGUGAAGAAGAAUGGCGAGCGCGUUAUUGUCGACCCCGCGAUGACUACUGCCCGCAUCUACAUGUGGUUUUACUUCUUCACCAACGUCGGCUCUCUCGUCGGACCCAUCGGCAUGACCUACGGCGAGAAGUACAUCGGUUUCUGGUUCUCCUUCAUGCUUCCGACCGUAGUCUACCUGAGCUGCCCGCUCGUCCUGUUCAUCGCCCGUAACCGCUACCGUCACACGAAGCCGGAGGGCUCCGUCCUUGUGCGCGCCGUCCGCCUCUGGAGCUUCGCCGCGAAGGGUCGCUGGUCCUUCAACCCGGUCAAGACUUGGCGCAGCAUGCACGAUGAUAGCUUUUGGGAGAAUGUCAAGCCUAGCCACCUCCCUGUUGAUCGCCGCCCGGUUUGGAUGACUUUCGACGACAAGUGGGUCGACGAGGUUCGUCGUGGGUUCAAGGCAUGCGCUGUCUUUGUUUGGUUCCCUCUCUACUGGCUCCCGUACAACCAGAUCACCAACAACCUGACGUCGCAGGCUGCUACCAUGACCACUAACGGCGUACCCAAUGAUGUCAUUAACAACCUCGACCCAUUCGCACUAUUGAUCUUUAUCCCUAUCCACGACCUGUUCCUCUACCCCGGUCUCCGCCGCAUCGGCAUCCGCGUCACCCCUCUCCGCAAGAUCACCGCCGGAUUUUUCACUGGCGCGCUUUCUAUGCUCGCCGCCGCGGUCUUGCAGCACUACAUCUACAAGACCUCGCCCUGCGGUUACCACGCCGCUGACCCGACGUGCGAGGUCUCCCCGCUCAACGUCUGGAUCCAGACGCCGUCCUACGUCCUCAUCGCCGUCUCCGAGAUCUACGCGUCUAUCACCGGUCUCGAGUACGCGUUCACGAAGGCACCGGCUAACAUGAAGUCGGUCGUCAUGUCCAUGUUCUUGUUCAGCUCUGCCAUCUCGUAUGCUCUCGGCGAAGCCUUCGUGUCGCUCUCCACCGAUCCGCUCCUCGUAUGGAACUACGGUGUCAUGGGUGUCCUCGCCUUCGUCGGCGGUAUCCUCUUCUGGGCAACGUUCUACAAGCUCGAUCGCCAGGAGGAGGCUCUCAACAACCUUGAGACGGGCCACCUUAACGAGCACGAGCCUGCUGGCGAGAAGGCCGUUUAG